CGAAGUGAAGCAAACAAGACACACAUUGCACAAACGAGCACCAACCACAUCUGCUGCACCCCAGCAGCCCUGCACACACACACACACACACACACACACACACACGCACAAACUCGAUACACAGGAAUGCAAUGCAGACAGACAGCUAGACAGCCGGCAAGAGAGAGAGGCCGAGGCAACACACACAUGACACGCAAAAUUGACACUGCCAUUGAAGGGAAAACGUGAAUAGUACUGUAUAUGCGAACCGCAUCGAAGAGAAGGCAGAGAUCGAGAAAGAAUCUACGAUAAGCAGAUGUGGAGCAAGCGUAUGUCCGCGCAUCGCGACAAGGAGACUGCUCACAUCAACGACUUCAAUUCCAGUUCUCGCACAAAGCCCUCGCUUGCUGGCCUCUGUUGUUUUUUCCCCUGACCUAUUUCACAAAAAUGAACGCCCAUCUAAUGCAAACUACCUACCUACGCCGAGUCAAAGCGAAGUGACCAUCCCUGUACACCCGUCAGCACAGCGAACGUGGCAUUAGGGAACACGCCUCCUUAGCUUUGAAGUACGAAUGAGGGCGUCACAAGCUAUUUUACUAUAUAUACCCCUGCCUGCCAGGAGUGCCGAGCUUCUGGAUUGCAAUCGCUGACCGGGCGCAAUACCCUCCCCUCCGUCCACUUCUCCAAUCCCUCGACGCAGGCAGUCCAGCGAAAGAUGUGAGAGACUGAUUCCGCGAAAGAUGUGAGAGACCGACUCCCCGGAGGCGCGAGCAGGAUGAGGUCAAGCCGAGUACCAAACACAUGUCGGAUUAGUGGCGGACGGGUAGACAAAAAACACGGGAUUGCCAGGCAGAGCAGCGGACAGGAAGGCACACGCGAAGCGAAGCGAAUCAACAAACAUGUUCGGCGCCAUCGUUAUGUCCGAGGCAAAGAAACAGGCAAGCACAGCAACAACCACUGAAAGCAGCACGCACUCAAGCGCAGCAAAACAGCCACCCACAGCAGCAAACUCCCAGACCGCUGCUGAACGGGCACGGAGACUACUAAAGCAGGCAGGCAGGCAGGCAGGCAGGCGGAGAAACAGAAGCUCCAACGUAACGGUCGCGCAGAGCAGCUGACGUUGGGAAGGGCAAUGCAGAGACAGAUGGAGACCAAGCGGCAAGCAUGCAGGCAGCGGAGACUGGGUCGGACAGGCAGGGCACGCCGCCAGCUACUCUCCGAAAGAAAAGCCGCCGAGUACGCAGAAACUCGAUUUCCAACCAGAUAACCGACAAAUCGCACGAACCACUUUACAGCCGCCACUCUGUUCAGCAAGCGCCCCUGGCCCUCUUUAGCUCUCUCGAUUGGUUCAGAAAAGCGGUCACCUCGCUAAGCUGCGGUGCGAGAAACACUGUGAGGACAGAAUGAACGCGUGGCGCUCGCAUAAAGGGAAACGGAAACGGAAAGGGAAAGGGAAAGGUUCCAACGGUUUUGACCUGCGGACAUAACAGAAUAUCAGAUGCACAUAACCCUGAUUAGCUGCAGUCCACAACAGAUCCCUGCAGAGAUAGGGCAGAGAACGACUUCUGUCCAGGAAAGCCUGGUCCAACUCGCGAGUUAGACCAUGACACUGCUGAGACGGAAGGGACAGCGUCGAGGUGCACUCGCGGCCACUAUCUGUCUGCCGUGUGCUGUUCCUCUUUUCACAUCAGUAAAACGCCAAAACUGGACCGGACGCAGAGCCGGCUACCCUAAACGGACACAAAGAGAAACAGAGAAUAAAACUGCACAAAACUGCAAACUGCACAAAACUGCAAACGACAGGCAGGUCAGGCAGGCAAGUAGAAGGCAGGAAAGCACCGAGCAGGCAAGUACAAGCGAGUCAAAUAUGAGCAAAGCAAGUACGGAGCAAGCAAGCACAGGGCAGGCAAGCAUGAGCCAGGCAAGAACAGGGCAGGCAAGUACAGGGCAGAGGCAGGUACAGGGCAGGGAGGGGACUACAGGGGAACGCAGACCGGGCAGGUGCAGAUCAGGCAAGAAGAUGGGAAAGGAAAAGCGGCAAGAGAUGUUCUUCCCCGCUUGGGGGACCUUACGUCAGACACGCUUUACAACCCUGUGUUCUACGCAAUGCGGCGCACUGUCCAUCUCCCCCCGCCCCCACCCCCCCCAGCAGGAGAAGCGAGCACGAGUCCUCCCUCUCCUUACGCCAGUCGCACGGAAUCCCUCCAUAACGCGCAACAGACGAGACAGAAGAGACAAUGCCACUUCCACCGAUAGACUCCCACAGCGUGCUUUAGUUCCGCAUACUGAUCUCCUCGGAAGGGAGGGAGGGGCUUAAUAACAACGAACGAGCAGAGCGGAACGAAAAACGUGUUCACGAGGAUUAGGCAUUAGACAGACCUGGAGCAGGAGGAACCUACAAAAUAUUAUAAGCAACAUCUUGUGACAAAAAAUGAAUUUUUAAAAUCCCAAAAGUUUUUAGAGAAGGCUCUCAAUCAUCGGCCGCCGCCACUUCUGAACCCUGAACCCUAAAGCAAUCAGAAAGAAAAGCCCGCUAAGCGAGCAACGCAUAAAACUGCCAGCUUAUCCAAAAGCCGUUCUGUACAGACAGCACAGCACAACUCUCGGUCGGGAAUCUGAAGGGUCGUUCUGUAGACACAUGACACAGCAUGAAGAAGAGAGGGGGGAGAAAGCGCACAUGAGUGGGGCGGGUAGUCAUGAGUCUAGGGGGGAGGAACGUGAAGGCAGAAGAGCAGAGAGAGAGAACGGCCACGUAACAAACAAAAAAACAAACUUGCACAAGUGCAAACCGCCGCCGCCACCGCCGCAGUUCCAACCUACUACGCACAUUAUAUACCCGUCUAGCGGGGGGAAGACAUUGAUUGGAAAGCAAGCAAAUGUGAGAUAUUUGUUUCAUAAGUCGAAAGCAACAGUGAAAUCUCUCUCUCUCUCUCUCUCUCUCUCUCCAUGUCAAUCACACAUUUGGAAAAAAAGAGAAGAGUAAGAAGGAAGAGGUAAAAAGAUAGGAAUAAGCAAGAAAAAAAAACAAAAACGGAAAAAGAAAACCCUCAAGGUUGUAACAAAACCCCCCACCCACC